GCCUGACGGAAUACAGCUGGGAAAGGAAACAGGUCGGCAGGAAUCGUCGGUAAGGAGAGCGAGUGGAAGGGGAAAGCGGAGUAAGCGGUCGCUCGGACAGCUGAUGUAAUGUAAUGUAAAGUAAUGGUGGACGGUUGGCGUUGAGCUCAGAUGGCGGUGUGUGCCAGGCUAUGUGGGGUGGGCCAGUCGCGGCGGUGCAGGCGGAGACAGAGACACGGCCAGCGCGACCAGGAGAGCGACUCUGAGGUGGACAUGGACGAAGAAGAGGAGGAGGAGAAGAUCGUAGGUAAAAGCAAAGCGCGUGCCCUCAGCGGUUGUCCUAAAGGCCGUGGCGCUGUGAGCGACGACGCCUCGGCCAGUCGCAGUGCCGCGGGUUCGGAGGAUGAAGAAGACACGGCCUGGGCUGCAGCGGCGCCUCCUCAGCCGCGAUCUCUACUGGAUUUACCGCCCGAGCUUCUGGUAGAGAUCUUCUCGUCGCUGCCCGGCACGGCGCUGCCCAGCCUGGCCCUGGUGUGCAAGAAAUUCAGACAGAUCCUCAGCACUGAGACUAUAUGGAGAAGACGCUGUGCAGAGGAGUUUGGCAUGAAAGAUGACCUGAGGAAGAUGGAGGUGGUGGGGGUGUCCAGCCGGGAGCUUUAUGUCAAACGUGUGAACCCUAGGGUGAAGUCGGGGCGUUUUAUGAAGCUCCUGCCCGAUUAUGAGCACAUGGACUACCGGGACGUGUACACACGCUUGCUCCAUCCAUACAGAUACAUUUUGGGUCUCUGGCAGCCAGACAUAGGCCCCUACGGAGGUCUGCUAAAUGUAGUGGUGGAUGGAUUGUUUAUCAUUGGCUGGAUGUAUCUGCCACCCCAUGAUCCACGUGUGGAGGAUCCCAUGCGGCGGCGUCCUCUUUUUCGCAUCCACCUGUGGGAGCGUAACAAAGCCACUGUGGAAUGCAUGUAUGGCCACAAGGGGCCUCACAAAGGGGACAUUCAGACAGUAAAAAAAGAUGAGUUCUCUACCAAGUGCAACCAAACAGAUCACCAUCGAAUGCCAGGGGGAAGACAAGAGGAGUUCCGUACAUGGUUGGAGGAGGAAUGGGGACGGACCUUAGAGGAUAUAUUUCACGAACACAUGCAGGAGUUGAUUCUUAUGAAAUUUAUCUACACCAGCCAAUAUGAUAAUUGCCUGACGUAUCGGCGGAUCUACUUGCCCCCGUGCCUCCCUUCAGACCUGCUACAGCCGGGCCUCUUUAAAGGUACAUACGGCAGCCACGGCCUGGAGAUCAUUAUGCUGAGCUUCCACGGCUCUCGGGCCAAAGCCACCAAACUUACAGGUGACCCUAAUGUACCAGCAGGUCAGCUGACCUUAGACAUAGACCUGAGUCGGCCAGUGGAGCUGCCUGACUUGGAGCACCAGCGAAAUAUCGAGGAGCUUUCUCGCUUGGUGAUGGGGGUACAUGAAGAGAUUCAGAGGGGUGCCCCGGGCAUAGUUGCCCCAACAGUGGGUACUUCAGGGGCAGAGGGCUCUGAUGCUGCCUCUGGCUCUGGGGCUGAGGAUGCAGGGAGUGCUGGAGCUUCUAGCAGUCAGAGUGAACCUCAGCCCUUUGUCCUGCCUUUAGGGGUCAUGGCCCGCAAUGAGGUAUACCCACGAUCAUGCAAGAUAUGUUUUUAUGGAACAGGUCUGAUAGCAGGUCAUGGCUUCACAAGUCCGGAGCGCACCCCUGGCCUGUUUGUCCUUUUUGACGAUGACCGCUUCGGGUUCAUCUGGCUGGAGCUGAAGUCUUUCAGCCUGUACAGCCGCUUGACAGACGAGCUGGAACAUGCUCAGGCUCCCAGCAUGGAGCGCUUUGAGGCCAUGCUUCGCAACAUGCAGUCCUGGACAUCCUGAUAGGCAGCCUUUUCAGCCUUGCUCCUUAUAUUUCACACAUACUAAAAAGAAUUGGCAUUUCCAGACCUGCAGGACCACGUCUCUAAUUUGCCUGGCUCGACUUGUGCACUAAUAAUCAAUCCACUGAUGUGUCAAGCUAGGUGUGAUACAUAAAAGUGUGUAGUGCCGUGGUCUUUCAGGAUUGGAACUGCCCGUUCCUGUGCUAUAUGCUCUAAAAUCCGGAUUACAUUCUCAGCCCCUCACAUCUCCACACAACCUGAAGAAACCUCCCAGUAAUCUCAUACAUGCACAAGAAAAACCCGCCACACAGGUAUGCUUGCAGCUGCAAGUUCAUAUAGGUUGUAUUAUACACUGAUGCUUUCUUAUCAGCUUUUUAAUUAAUUUAUUUUUGUAACCUGGAGAUGAUGAAGAUGAGGAUACAUUUCACCCAUAUACUCAAGAACAAACUGAGUGUGCCUCUGUAUCAUUAUCAUUUUUUUUAUCCCAAAACUAGUCUUAGAAAAUUGUAGCUUCCUGUAUUGUUGAAGUGAUUUAAGAUAAAAGUGAAUUUAACUUAUAAUAAUCUGUCUCCACAAGAAUGGGUUUUUAGCUGUUUGGUUGGUGGUAACUUUUUAAUUGUGGUAAUAUAAUGUCUAUUAUUGUCUGAUUUUAUUCUUUUGAAAGUCUGCACUGCUGUUUCUAUUGCUUUUCUUUAGGUCAGCCUUGCCCAUGGUGAUGAUUUAUUUAUUUUUUUUCAUUGGUUCUAUUUGAGCAAUUUUAACAAAUAACUACCAUAGCCUGUGGUACAUAUUUAAGGCAUAUUUAAGCCAAAUUUUCAAAUUUACAUCAUUUUCAGUUAUCCCUAUUUGUAACUGAUCAGCCUAAAUGGACUUAGUGUCUCGCAUUUGCUUUUUUAGUUUUGCAUUACAGCAAAGAGUCUAAUUUAGCCAACAAGUAAUGGGAGCAUAUUUCACCCAAAUUCUUUUAUGAAAUGCCCUCAAACAGUAAGUAGGCCAGUGUGUACUUAUGACUUAAGUACACAUGAUGUAAUUUAUUUUAUAAAAACAAAAACACUGUGAUGUUACGGGGUCAACAAUCUUGGACAAUCAGUAGGUUUUUCUUUAGUGUAAUUGUUUCUAUCAUUUUGCCCCAAAGUUGGAAAGUUCUACUGGAUAUAUAUAUAUAUAUAUAUAUAUAUAUAUAUAUAUAUAUAUAUAUAUAUAUAUAUAUAUAUAUAUAUAUAUAUAUAAGUAAGAUUCUACUUAAAAAUAAUUUCCUAAUGCAAAGACUCUUUAUUUAAACAUGAUAUUAUGCAGAUUAACAAUGUCAUUUAAGCAAGUAUAUGGAGAUUUGGGCAUGUGCUGUAUUUAUAGAACAAGAUAGAUUUCCAUUACUUAUUUAGCUCCAUUAGCCUUGCAGCUCCAAUGCAAAGCAGAAAACGUUGGACAUGAAACAUAUUUUGGCUGAUGAGCUACUUUUUUGGUAGAUGGAACUUUGUUUAAAUUUUACUUCUUGUUGGAAUAUUUAUUUAUUUCAUGGUUAGUAUAUGAAGUUUGUGCUGGUUUCAUAAAUCCAACAGCAUUUUAGUUCAUCAGACUAAAGUAAGUGAUAAACCCAUCUUGCUUCUGAAAGCAGACAGCUAGGUUUUAUGGUUUGCCCAGUUAUGUUUUCUAUUUGGCACCUCUAAAGUAAACAGUUAACCUGGGUAAUGUAAUUAGAAAAUCUAAGCAGCUAUCAUAUGAAAAUAUAUUGUGAAGAAUGUGCAUGCACUAAUGUAGUAAUGCAUUUCUCUAAAGUGGGUGAAUUCACUCAGUUGGCAAAUUGAGGGUAUUUCUUUUGUUUUAUUGCUUUGUAUCUCAGGUGCCACACCUAAGUAUGUAUUCCCUUGAAUAAUAUGCUUAAAAUACAUAAAAAUAUCAUACUAAUUUAAAUCAUAUAUUGCAAGUAGUGAAUGUUCUAAUUGUACUCUUCUCAAAUUAGCUUUUGUCGACCAGGAAAAAAAUGUAUUGUUGAAAUUGUAUAAUGGUAAAUGUGCGUUGGCUGACUGGCAGCUUGGGCCUGCCUUAGUUUCCACUGAUCAAAAACUCAGCCCUUGUCCUGCCUUCAGCAGAUUCACUGGAACGAUCCAGAGAUUGAUGGUGCUCUGAGUGACCGGUGCCACUUUUCCACAUCUAGUCAAAAGAUUUGUUGGGUGUCUUCAAUAACAUCUAUAUUGGCAUGCUUUCCCAACGUUAUAUACUGGAGCAUGGAAUAUGAGUUACUUUAAUCUCCAAGGCCUUUUUCCUCAAGCAGACCAACAGAUAUUACAAAUGCUUCCUUGUGUUUUGAUAAGGUUCAAUCACAAAGCUGUGCAGCAACUCCCCUAAAAGUGCUCUUUCCUAGACAGCAUAGGCAUUGACUACAGACUAGAUAUCUGUGUGUACUUUUGUAUUCAACUGCAGCUUUGCGAAAACUAACCAUUAUAAUAUAAAAGAAAUUAUAUGUGAAGUGGAUGAAAGUAUUUAAUUAAUAUAUUUCAGCUUUGUUUAUGGGUCAUUGUGCACAUAACUGCAUAUGUUAAGCAUACCGCCUGUUUGUUGUGUGACUGCUGCAACUGUUUCAAGUCGAAUAUAUUCAUCAAUUUGAUUUUCUGAGAAACAAAUGUCUAAUGUACACACCAUCACAUGACUUCAGGGAGCUUUGAAGCUUACAUGUUCAUCUCUUCCCAAUAAAUUAAAGUAAAAUGUC